GUGCCGGCACGUCAGCUUCCCUCAUGGAGGAGGAUCCCCAGGGCACAUUCCAAGAUGAGGUGGAGCGGUGUAUUUUGCAGCUAGAGACAAAUCUCCUUUGCCUCAACUCAACCCCAAAACAAGUAGAAGAAACACAGCACAUUCUCAAGGUCCUGCGCUCCCAUGAGACCCCCUUGGUGAAGAAGCGACAAGCGAUGAACCAUGUAUUUCGGGAUUAUCGACUCAAAAUGGCUGAGGAGCAAAAGAGCAUGGAGAAAGCAGCACUGAAACCUGAUGAAGCAGAAGUGCAGCCAGGCAGUGGGCUAGCUUCAGGUAGUGUGAUGUACAGAAAACGGUCUGACCAAAUCUCUGAGGCAAAACCAAAGUGGUUCAUGUUGUCCGACAACAGCUUCCGAUUUGACUUCACACCUUCUGAGAUGGAGCCAGCAGCAACUGGUACAACUUUGGGAGCAGCUCCUAGUGCCGGUGGUGUUGAGCAGAAACAAACUAAUGUAAGAGCCCCAGAGCAAGAGAAUUUGAGUGAAGCCUUGAGUUUUGCUACCUCUGGACAAGAACCCAAGUUUGCUUUCAAUUUUACCAUCCCAGGUGAAGAUCAUCCUCUGGUCCCAUUAGUUCUAGCAAACCAACACUCAGAGAGUACAGCAGACCAUGAAGUGCUGGAUAAUUCACUGCCUACUGAAUCACCAGGUAUGCUAGAGAGUUCAGCCUUGCAGAAGCCUGAUCUGACUCAAACUGCAGAUAGUGUGCCUGGAGAAGACAUAGGCCAUUUCAUGUUAAAGAUCCCCAUAUCAGAGAGUGCUCCUGGAGAUGAGACAGUGACAGAGAAAGCGGCAGCAGAUGGAGCAGCCCAGAAGAAGAAGAAGAAGAAGAAACAAAAAGCAUCUAGCAGUAAAAAGGAGAUAGAAGAAACUGAGAUCUGCAGGAAGGCAAAGGCAGAAGCCAGUGGAUGUCAGAAUAAAAACGUAUCCCACCAGGAUGAGACCUCGCAGCAGUCAGAUGGCCAGCUGUGGAAAGAAGUGGACUGGUGCGUGGAACAGCUGGAACUUGGCCUGAAGACGCAAAAGUCCACUCCUAAACAAGUGGAGGAGGCUCUCCGUGCAAUCAAGACACUGCGCAGUGACAAGGCUCCGCUAGUGAAGAAGCGUCAAAUCAUGAGAACUAUGUUCGGAGACUACAGGAAGAAGAUGGAGGAGGAGCAGUGUAAACAGCUGAAGCUCAUGCAAGCAGCUGCGAAAUCUGCCAGGGUUGUGGAAGUGAAGGAAAACAUCCGCAAGAAGAACUGCCAGGUC